CUCCAGGUAACGUCCGUCCCAGCACAACGUCUCAGCGAUCCUCACGAUGCUCCCAGAAUUGUGAGAGAACGCCAAACAUUUGAACUGUUUGUGGCUGCAGUGGAUGGGACAAUGAAAGGGAUCUGUGAUGGCACUGGAGAGUGCAGUGAAAAAUCUUCUGGAGUUACUCUAUGAUAACACGUCCGUACUUUCGGUAAGCAAGUUGGAGGAAGGAAAGGACGACUGACAAUAUUUCAUUGGGA